CCAAUUCAUUUCUCUGCAUAUAUCACCUGGAUUUGCCUAUAACACUGAACAAACUACCUGAACAUCGAGGCCUUUGGAACCUGGUUGGCGACCGACAGCGACCUGGCUUUUGCGCACUUCCAAAGCCAUUUACAAAGCCAGUUAGCUGCGAGAGAAAUGCAAAAGCACGAUUCUCACAGCUGGUGCUUAAGUCUCCGGUUCUGCUAGCGAGCUAGCGAGCUGCAACCGCGGAGACUACAGCCGGGCGCGGCCGUGGAAGCUGAAGGUCUUGCGCUACUUGCUCAGCUUCUUCGUUUCAAUAGGUUGUACAAACGAAGAUGUGCGUGUCGUCGCUGACAACACUCGCAAUUAUUCUCGCGCUGGCACUGCCGCGAGGCAUUCACUGCGGGCGCAAGAACCCGCCCUCGGCUUCCUCACCAAAGCCUCCUGCUGCCUUACAAACACUAGAAGGCACACUCCAAAUCCAAACGAUGGACGAGGAUGAGGGCGCCAACCAGCUCUGGUUCCAGCAGCCCAAGAAGGGCAGGCGCCAGAUCGCCGUCCCGCAGAGCCAGCUGCGACAGCAGCUCAUGAGCGGCAGCCGAGUGCGGCUAUACCUCGAGCCCGGCACCAAAGCCGCCUCCGCUUCGACGGCGCCGCUGCCGGUCCGAUACCUGGAGGUGCUACAGCUGCCGCCGGCCCUCACAGCCAUGUACCCCAUGCCGCUCAGCAGCACCGGCGGCAGUAGCAGCAGCGGCGGCGUGGGCGGCGGCGGCGUGGGUGCGCCGGCCGACCCGCGGGCCUCGUCUGGUUUCAGCACCGCGCGCAUGACCAGCGUCACACUGCUGGUGCGCGUGUGCGGCCAGGCGCCCAACAUCACUGCAGACGAGUUCAGGGCACAAUGGCACGCCGCCGGAGGCGGCGGCGGCGGCGGCACCGCAUCCGCGGCCGCGGCGGCUGCCGGCGAUGCCCAGCAGCAGCAGCUGCAGGUGCCGUACACCAUGCAGGGGUACUUCGAGGGCUGCUCGUACGGCAAGAUGCGGUUCGACCCGGCCGACAACAUCGUGGUGGGGCCGGUGGACGUGCCGUGCGCCGGGGUUAGUGCCAAGUCGGGCACGCCGUACAGCGCCGCCAGCUGCAGCCCCGACGACGUGUACGGCUUUGCCGAGGCGGCGGAGGCGGCGGCGGUACGGCAGUACGGGCUGGAUCUGAGCCGGUACCGGCACCGGCUGGUGGUGCUGCCGCAGCUCGCCAGCUGCGGGUGGAAAGGGCUGGCGGAGGUGGGCUGUGGCGACUACUGCUACGCCUGGGUCAAGGGCGUGAACGCGCGCACGCUGUCCACCAUCUUCCAUGAGAUGGUCCACAACCUGGCCGCCGAGCACGCCGCAGUGCCCGGCAGCAGCGACUACGGCGACGCAAGCGACCCGCUGGGCACCUGCUGCGCCACGCGCUGCCCCAAUGCGCCGCACGCGUGGCAGCUGGGCUGGGCGGAGCCGGCGGCGGAGCUGGGCGGCGGCGGGCUGCCGGCGGGCGUGUGGCGGCCCUUCACGCUGCCAUCAUCGGCGCUGAGCGAUGUGAACAUGCUGCGAAUCAGCGCAGACUGGCUGGAGGGCGAGCUGGCGGCGGCCGUGGCGACGCCGUCGCCGGCACCGGUGGAGAGUGGGACCAAGCCGCGCGAUACGAACAUAGGGAGCAGCAGUGGGAGCGGGAAUGCGAGCACUGCUGGCAGUGGCGUGGCGGCGGGCUUGGAGGAGGGCGGGGCGCCGCCGCCGCCGGCGCCGCCACCUGCAGCAACCCUGGCAGCCGUGCCCAAGGAGCGGCCGCCUGCGGUUUACGUGAGCUACCGUACGGCGGAGGGUUACGACUACGGCCUGGAUCCAGAUUCCGUGGGGCGCGUGCACGUGCACGUGUUCAACGGCACGCGGUACGGCACCAACGGCGACCGCACGCAGCUGCAGGCGCGGCUGCUGCCAGGGCAGUGGUGGGGCGCGGGCGCAGACGGCGGGCUGGGGACCGGGCCUGGGCUCAACGGCGCGGCCAGUCUGGUGGGGCUGUCGCUGAUCGGCAGCUUGCCCUGGCGCCUGAACAUUAGCGUCGUCUCGACGAGCUCCGCGACGGCUCAGGUGUGGGUGUGCCGCGCGGCGGCGGAGGCGCGGGAGGCAGACUGUGAGGAUGGAUUGGAUAACGACUGCGACGGCCUGAUUGAUGAGGACGACCCCGACUGCACCGGCCCCGUCGCCGAGCUCCCGGGUGGUGGCGAUGGCGGCGGUGCCAGCAAGAGCUGCAACCGCAACGGCGUGUGUGAGCCCGGCCGUGGCGAGGACGCGGCCACGUGCCCCGCGGACUGCCCGGCGGUGUGCGGCGACGGGCACUGUGACCUCAAGCGCAACGAGAGCGCGGCGGCCUGCCCGCGCGACUGCGGCCCGCGCUGCGGCGACGGCUACUGCGACUCGGCGCGCGGCGAGGGGCACGAGGUGUGCUCCAUGGACUGCCCCGCCGACGUGUGCGGCGACGGCGUGUGCGGCGCCUCGGAGGACCCGGUUUCCUGCGCGCGUGACUGCUGCUCCGGGCUGGCAGCGCCGCGCUGUGGCGAUGGCGUGUGCGACGCCUUUGCUGGAGAGAACUGCGUCACAUGCGCCGCCGACUGUCGCGGCAAGCGCGUGGCCGGCAGUAGCAGCGGUACCAACAGCAGUAGUGGUGGCGUUGGUGGCUCUGCCAGCUGGAGCUACUGCUGCGGCGCGGUGCCCGGCGCGGGUUUCUUCUUCGGGUCUGGGGGCUGCAUGGACGCCAAGUGCAACAAGAACGGCGCCGCGUGCCGGACCACCUGCGUGGCUUGAGCGGCUGAGCUUCUGUCAGGUGCAGCAGGUCAGGCGGAUUGGGCGGGCUAGGGCGCGGCGGUGGCGGCUGGAGCUGCUGCUAUUGCUGCUGCCGCUGCUGCUUGCGGACUGGCCACACUGACAGCUGCUUGCCAGAACAAUAGGCUUUACGGGAGGACGGUGGGGUUGCAGAGCACGAUUACCGCAUAGCGACACGGCUCGGGAGGAGUUUACACCAGCGGGGCUAUGGGCACUGCGACGGGUGACCUCACCAGAGAGUCAUGGUGAGGUGCCCAAGGGAGCCAUUGUACGGGGACUUGAAUCCCACACUAGUGAGUCAAUGCAUUCAUUUGGGUACUGCUGAGUGCUGUGGGGCGCGCUGUGAGAGAGUGCGCUGCCGGCGCCCGCCCUGGAAGGCGGAUGUGUGACAGACGCGCGCGCUUUUGUGGCGGCAUUAUAGAGAGGGAUCCUGAGAAUGGUACAUAUGACGGAGCAACCGGGGGGUGCAUUGCUAUUUGCUACAUAUAGACCGAGAGGUUUCUCGCCGGUAUUAACUUUGCGGCCAUUGACAUUUGUUGUGAGCGACAUGCCGCCAACUGCUAUCUAAGGCCAUCUUGCCACACGGGGGUGGGGCGCGUGGGGGGAGGGGUUCGCUGGCGCCCGGCGUGUGUUGCACCCACCCGCCCACACGCACACGUGCGAUUCUGCGUGUACGGAUGUGGCUCAAGAGCCGUGCUGGCGCAUGUGUACGGUAUCCUGAUCGUCGUAUGGCAUUGUGUUGCUGUUGUGGCGGCGUGUAUGGUGUUGUCGUGCUUGUCUGGGCAUACGCCUUGGCGGUAGACGACGCACAUGGGACGCAAUGCAACCUAAGUCAUUCACAUUGACGUAGCUUGCCGCCUGGCAAGAUUCUUCCAGGAGGCAGCUGGCUAGCGUAAGAUUGUCAUUGCGUUGUGUGCCUGGACCAAUGCAGGACGGCCUCGGGCAAUGCGCUGUUGGCAAAUGGCUGCAACAUGUUAGCACUAAGUGUAGGCAAUUGAUCACAGUAGUGAAGAUAAGAUUGGAUAGCAUGUGGUGGCAGCUCCUGACUGCAACGGAAUAGGGGGUUGCACAUAGCUGGGGGGCUGGGGGCAGCGCCCUACUGAUUGAUUACAUUAGCUGCCAUGAGCCCUAGCAUUGCCGCAUGACGUGCAAAAUAGCGAGCACCGCAACACAUUGAUUGCAUAGCGUUGCAGGUGUGGAUAGUUAGAGUACAGUGAUAUUAGAGGCCCAGCGUGGAUAGGGAUUUUCGUGCAUGCAAGGGGAAGCAUAGCGGGUGGCACACACCCGGCGGACAGGCGGGCACCAGCCGUGUCCACAUGCUACGUAAGAUGUUAUGAGCUAAUCGAACCUACGUAUG